GCGCAGAAGAAGAGAAGCGAAAAGUCAUGGCGGCUGACAGUUUGUAAUGAGCCAACGAAAACAGUAAAGACUUGCAAGUUGGGUAUUCAGCGUCCAAAACAAUCCCGGGUAUAAAAACUCUGCUGACAAAAUGCAGAUAACUUUGAAGACCUUGCAACAGCAGACGUUCAAAAUCGACAUCGAUGAAGACGAGACGGUGAAGACAUUAAAAGAGAGGAUUGAACAGGAGAAGGGAAAGGACAAUUUCUCCGUUGCCGGGCUGAAAUUGAUAUAUGCUGGUAAAAUCCUCAGCGAUGACACAGCCCUCAAAGAAUACAAAAUCGACGAGAAGAACUUUGUGGUCGUCAUGGUGACAAAGCCUAAAGCAUCCUCUGCCGCCCCACAGUCUUCACCAACUGCUUCAGCUCCCAGCACUACAGCUCCCGCAGCACCUCCUCCCUCAGCGUCCAGUUCGGACAAACCAGCAGAGCCUGCCUCCACAGACAGCAAACCAGAAGAGAGACAGUCUUCGACAGCCAAACCAUCUUCCACUCCUGUCGGUAGCUCUGAGACUUCAACAAACACAAAUUUAAUCAAUGAAGCAGUUUCAACUCUAGUGACAGGCCCUUCAUAUGACGCCAUGGUGAAUGAGAUGAUGCUCAUGGGCUAUGAGAGAGAGCAGGUGGUGGCAGCACUGAGAGCGAGCUUUAACAACCCAGACAGAGCUGUGGAAUACCUGCUCACAGGCAUCCCAGGCAGAGAUCAGGGCCCUGCGACUGGCCCUGAUGCGGUGACGCCUCCAGUGAGUGGAUCUCCAGCUGCAUCUACAGGCGGUAUCAGUGUUCCUGCCAACGCUGGCUCCUCACCAACUGCUGGGGGAGGCAAUCCUUUGAGCUUCCUAAGAAAUCAGCCCCAGUUUCACGUAAUGCGACAGCUGAUCCAGCAGAAUGCCGCCCUCCUUCCUGCCUUGUUGCAGGAGAUUGGCAGGGAAAACCCCGCACUGUUGCAGGAGAUCAGCAGCCACCAAGAGCAGUUCAUCCAGAUGCUGAAUGAACCGAAUCCAGAUGCGGUGCCAGUAGGUGGUGGAGGAGGGGCAGGAGGAGCAGGGGGAGCUGGAGGGCUGGGAGGUGACACACCUGGUGGAAGUCACAUGAGCUAUAUCCAAGUCACACCACAGGAGAAAGAGGCCAUUGAGAGGCUAAAAGCUUUAGGAUUUCCAGAGGGACUUGUUAUACAAGCCUACUUUGCUUGUGAGAAGAAUGAGAACUUGGCCGCCAACUUCCUUUUACAACAGAAUGUUGACGAUGAUUAAAAGAGCCAUCCUCGUUUUGAUUUUUUUUCUUACUUCUUUCUCUACUUUUUGAUUGCUGAUGUUCAAUAUAUGUGUACAACAAGCCUUUUCAUAUCCAAAAAACUAUUUUACUCCCCACUUCCACAUUCGAUUCUCUUCAUGACACUGGAUCAUUUAUCAGCUGUUGGCUGAUGUACAAGGACAGGCUGUUGUUUGUGAUCAGUUUAAAACAGAAGAACAAUAAAAGUACAAUAAUUUUGCAUCAGAAAUCAUGUGUGUGCUGUUGAUUUUAUUUUGUACUUGAGGGAGGAUCAGUGUUUUUCUUUUCUGUAACAUUAGCAGCUGUAUUGCGGUUUUCAUUGUAAGUGAGGCAAGUUCAGGGUAGAUGUGAAAGGUAAUGAUCAUAUUCAUGAACACUUCUUUUAAAAUUUAGGUUGACAAAAAAUGGGAAUUUAAAAAGUUAAAGCAACAUGAAUGUGACCUUUUUCACAUAAACAUUCCACAUCUGCUUGUAAAUAAGACAGACUGUUGGCAGGAGCUGUGUAAGUCUGAACUGUGAUGCAUGUAUGAGAACAUUUUAUGAUAGAUAAAGUUUGCAAGUAAGGUAAGGCUUAGUUGCAGUCAUUUUUACAGAAAAAAGAAAGCCACGUGCAUGUAACUGACAGAUUUAUACUACACACUUUGACUCAACAUUUUCUUUGUGUGUAAAUUAUGCAUCCACUCACUUUGUUAGAUGAUCAGCUGAGCCUUUGCCAAAUUUGUUGUGUAAAUUGCAGGCAAAAUUAUUUGCCUUUUCACAGAGAAAAUGCAGCAAUUAAAUCCACUAGACCAAAAUGAAAUUAAAACUGCUGAAUGAUACGGCAAGUGAAAAAGGAUAAAUAACUUCUGAAGCAAUAAACAAUCUAACAGUGACCUGGAUCAGCUAACAAUGUAAUAAAAUGACUGUACAUGUAAUUUACUAAUACCAACGGUGUAUUUAUUAUUGUGCUGUGCUGCUUUUAGGGGUGAAGGAUGACUGAAGAGCUCAGUGUGCUUUAACUGAAUGAACCUAUAGGGGGCAACACAGACCACAGCAUCUUUCUAACUGUCAGCACCGUCAGCACCAAGUGCUGUUUGCCAGCCUGAAGAGUCCAAACCAGUUGUAGCUACCUACAGUGACAUCAUCACAGGGAGGUGUGCAUUUUGGCUCUGACUGAAAAAAGGUGGAAGCUGAAUUAGUGAGGAUGACUCCUGUUCCUGUCAUCUCUAAGCUCCUCACACAUCUUUACCUGCACAUGAGGAAAAUCACUCCUGUAGAAUGCAGAUGUUCAGAGGGAGAUGAUGCCACAUCUGGUCCAGCUGAUGGAAGGUCUUGAAGUUCUCUGACUGGCCUGGACUGAAGAUGGUCGUCUCACUGGAUUUAAGGUUCAGAUGCUCAGUAACAAACUCCACCAAUGAGCCAACAGGGAAGCUUUAGGUUUAUUAAAUGUUGCUAUGAAGGUUUCGCUGUUUUUCUUUGUGAAUGCAAUGUGCUCCAACUGAAACUUGAAGUAGAACUUAGAAGUAAAUCCUUCCAUCUGAAAGGAUUUAGUUGCAUUGAUAACCUCAUAACAUUCUAAUUUUUAUUCCAGUCUUGGUUGGAAAUAGAAUCUCUGUAUUGAUUUAGGUAAAAACUGAACUUCACAGCAUGUUGAAGCAAAACAACCAGAUGAAAACUGUGAUGGUGUUGGAUUGUCAGACCGUAAUGUUGCAGCUCAAAGCAGCUUUUCUAUCUCAGUUCAUUCUGACAUUCAGCUAUGAAUCAACACAGCAGAUGGUGAUCCAUGCUGUGGAAGUCUCACAUCUCCUGAUUUAAUGGAGCUGCUUUGCACUUUUUACACUGUUUAUUCACCAACACUUUAUUUAAUAAAAGUCCCAUCUAGUUUUCAUGAGGAAUGUGAUGUUUUAAUUUCUCUGUGAAUAACUGCAGUCUAAUGCAACAGCUGGAGUUGUAACAUCUGUCCUGAUAUUGAUCAUGAAGUAUUGAUCAGAAUACUUAUGGUUAGCAGUCAUUCCUGAAGUUUUACAUUAAAAUCUUUACUUGUGUUGUGAACUUUGGUGAGAAGCAGAAACUUUAGCGUUGCCAUGGAUACAUGAGUGUUAAAUUCUGUCCAUGUUUCCAUUUUGGGAAAUGCAGUCCAGUUCCAGAAUGUGGAGGAAUUUAGUCUCACAAUCACAGACAACAAAUAUUAUCUGAAAGUUGGGUUAUUGUUGUUUAUCAGCACAAUACAAAAAGAUUAAUUUUAGAAAUUUCCAGUUAAGACUCUAGAAUAUCAUGAUUUAUGUAAAUUUAACUCAAUAAUAUGAAUGUUCAGGUUAAGAUUGUACAGUGAUAUUUAUUAUGUAAGUUUAGCUGAUUAAAGUUUAUGACUGCACAAAAAUAUUAUUUAAAUUUACAUCAUUAUUAUAAUAUUUAGGGUCAGACCCUACAGUAUUGAGAUUAAGAAAUCAAAUAUUCUAUAAAAUGUAAAUACACUGAACUCAUUUGGAUAUAUUUAAGUGAGACUCUACAAUAUUAUUUGACACAAAUCUAUCUAAAUCAAAAUUUUAGUUAUUUUUAUUCCAAACAUUUACUGGACUGAUUUAAAUAUUAAAAUCACUCCUUUCUAAUCCUCUGCUGUACGUUCAAACCUGAGGCCUUAAAUAGAAACACACAAGUAUCUGAUUGAAGGAACUUCUGCAGAGUCCUGGUUCCAGAACAUGAUGAUAGAAUUAUAAACAAACUUUAACAAAAGCUGCCUGAGAGUUUACAGGUUUUUAUGUUAGAUUUCUUCAGUAAUUUAAUGAGCGUUAUCAGCAAAAAUCAAGUGUUCAUUUGAUGAACUUCAUUUCCUAAAACAUCCAGAAUUGGAGCUCAUAUCUUUGGCAGCUGUAAAGUUUCUGCUCCUUCAAAGUUCACAACACAAUGAAUGAAUUCCUAAAACACUCUCAAUGCUGGAGAGCAUUUGUGAUGCUGAAGCAGUGACCAGUUUUUCUGUUUCUUCUCUGGAGAUGCACAAUGAGGGACGUCUGCAGAGACUGAGAAAGAGUCUCACCACAUCCUGACAUGAGGAAAAAGACUUUAUUGAAGACUACAAUGAGAAAAACUAUCAGAUAGCAGACGGCUGCAUUCAAGGUGAGCUCUGAACAUUUGAUCUGGAACAGGAAUUCAAUAACGGCAGCAUGAGCUUCAUUUCAGUCUGUAGCUGCUGAAUUCAUGGAUGAAUCAUCUGGCACUAGAGAGGAAGACCAUCAAACAUCCACGUCAGCUGAUGGAGGUCCAAGAGUCUCACCCAACAAACAACCUACAGAGUGAAGACCUCAAAUCUGAUUGGACGGCCUCCUAUUCAGCCACGUGUGAACAAAUGCCUCUAAGCUGAUUUGUUUUCUAAAAUAAAUCUAGUUUGAGUCCUAA